UUUCAGAAAUCAAAGUCAUGUUUGAUUUUGCUGUUCUCUUCUCAUGUGCUCAUGCCAUAAUUUCCGUGCUUGGAAUGUGUUUCAAUGCCUUGUUAGCCUACUUGGCACUGUUCCAAACUCCACGUGUCAUCAAGUCAUAUGCCACGUUAAUCGUUAACUUUGCAAUAACUGAUUUCUUCGCUUGUAUGUUUGAUUUCUUCGUUCAACAGAGAUUAAUCCCAACUGGAAUGACUUUGGCAUACGUUUCCAAUGGAUUCUGCAAGCAUUGGGGUCCGAGAACGUGCUUUUUUGGAUACAGCCUGAUGCUCCAUUUCCUGUCCCAUUCCCUAUGGUCUCUGCUCCUUUCUUUCUCAUAUCGUUGUUAUAUUCUAUACAAACCGGCUCCACACCGUCACACUCUUGUCAUUCUCUUAAUGAUUAUCUACAUUCCAUCCCUUUUUCAAUGGAUCUCCUUCAUCUGGUCUCAGGACGAUCCAGAAGAGAUUCGAGAGAUUCUCCACGUCGCAUUUCCAGCUUACAAUCUGACAGGACACGUUGUCACUGGAACCAAGAAUAUAUUAUGUUUCUCGGCUCUUUACACAAUUCUUCACAUGACUAUUCCAAUUACUCCAGUUUACGUCUGCAUUCUGAUUUUGAGAAGAAAAAUUAUUUCAAGACUGAGUUAUCAGGGAGUCAACAUCACAAGUGACACCAAAAAUUUGCACUCUCAACUUUUGAUGGCUUUAACCUAUCAAGCAGCAAUUCCUGGAUUCUACUUGUUCAGUAUUUACUCAUAUGCCAUUGGACAAUUUGGAAUCUACAAUCAUCCAGCUCUUGAAUAUUUCACAUUUUCCUCAUUUCUUCUGAUUCCAUUUUUAUCGCCUCUUGCCUCUUUCAUUUUCGUAACUCCCUAUCGACAAUUUAUCAAGCUAAAGCUGUUUAGAAUUGUUCAAAUUGAACCGACGGAAACAUCGAAUACUCCUCAAAACUAUACAAGUAUUCAUAUUAUUGGAUAAUGAGUUUUACUCAAACAUUUUAAUAAGUCUAAUAAAUUUAU